GCUGGAAUUAGUAUUUUAGUAGAAGGCAGAGAUAUAUUGAUUUUCAACAUUAGAAAAAUGAUUUUAAGAUAUUUUUACUUUUCGUGUAUAGCAUAUGGAGCUAUUCAUGUUUCAAGAAAUUAAUUUCCAUCUAAAACACAGCGUUAAUCCAAAACCCAAGUAUAUCGUUCGGAAUUUUCUUUUUUGUUUUCAACAUAAAACAUUACAUUCUGUUAAUUCGCUCAAACCGUAAUUAACACUGGCGUAAUUACUGCGGUUGUCUGACGGCAUACUUUAUUGGAGAUGCCGUAAAAGAGUAAACCACGCGAGAUUCUGCGAGUUCCUAUUAAUAUAAGCUCCGCGUUAUCCAGCGCUGUUAAACGCACUUGAUGUUGGUAUGGUGAUGCGAAACUUUUACAACACCUGAAUAUGUAGUACUGUUCUAAUGUGUCAUCUUAUUCUAACAAUUUUCCCCUUGAGAGCAAAGAUUUAUAACCAACAUGUUUAACGAAACUUUUAAGUCUUCGAGCAUAUUUUUGAAAUUGAGCUUAAUUCCUGCUUUUGUUGGAUUUUUGUGUCAUCUUGUUUCGUUCGCUUCAUCUUACUGGCGAGUGAUUAAGAGCACAACUUUUGUGUCGCCGCAUCUGAGCUUACAACAUCGGCUGCAACAUACAUAUUGCGGCCUCUGGAAUUGUUUCUCAUGUUUUUCUGACAAUCCGAAUUGCGAAUCUGUCAGUCUGGAAUUAGAAGAUGCCAUAGUGGUGACCAGAGUGUUUGUCACGAUUGGACUAUUCCUAGCAUGCGGAACCCUCUCCCUCAGUCUGCUCUGCCUGUUCAUAAGGGAAGUGGCUUUACAGGAUUCCGUACACAUCGGCACGAUUUUAACCAGCGUAUCCACAGGUGGGUGUGUCUUGAUCGGAAUCGUGGUGUACGGAACAUCUGCCAACGAUCACGAAUCAACUUUACUGGAGAGUCACAACCUUCACUGGUCUUAUUUCAUGUGUAUUGUGACGUUUCUUAUGUAUUUUGUCAACGGUUUGCUAAUGUUUCUCAACGUGUUACGAAUAAAGGCGUCUUGAGAAAGCAAUUUGGCAUUCAUAAGCAAGAACUGUUGCUCUAUUGAUUUUGUAAAGCCUCUUCAUAGCUUGUUGAUUGUAGAUUUUAUGUACAUGUAAAACACAUGGGAAUCCAUGCAAAAUGUUGUAUGUUAUGAAUAUUAACGAUACUCUAUACAGUCUUAUGUUCGCUGCAGUCGAAUUUUGGCUGUUUACACUGAAUAUAAAAUCGUGAAUUUAAAAAUUGGGGAUACGGAUUUAGAUUAUUAUUAUUUUUUAAAAACUGUGUAGAGGACUAAGUAUGAUCAGACCUGUAUUUGCCUCAAAUUCAACAUUCGCAUUUUGAUUCAAAAUUAAGAGUAUUUUAUGAAAGAAUAUCGAUGUAACUCGGGUUUAUUCCCAAUGGAUCAAAAUAACGUACAACCGUAAUUAUAACAUUACAAUCACAAUAUUUUGCCACUAGUUUUGAUCUGCUAUUUUUCACGCAGUUUUUCUUUUAGAAAACACUGACCACUGGUUUGGACCGACUUUACAUGCACACCUUAUAUUUAUCUUUCCUGUACACAUAUAUCAAGCUGCGAUGUAUAUUUUCUGUUAGAAAUCGUUGAUAGAAAUAAGGAUUUUAAAAUUGAGAAAUUGCGGUGCUUUUGAUGUACAUUUAUAAUGUGCUCUAAAAUGACGGUAAAUGUCAGAUCAAAUUAAGUGAAAAUAUAUCGGACAGGAUCUCCUUUGUUAGAGAAAGUAUUUAGUCUUCCUUCACAGUUUUCAUGUUUUGUGUUUACGGGGGCCCCAGAAAGGCUGUUAAUAUAAUGCUUGAUUUAUUUAAAGAUGAUUGUAAACAGCCCUAGGGCUAGGACUAAGCUCUCCUCAAAAGUCUGUCAUCAUACACAAUCCUUUGUAUUCAGUACUACUCGCUAUCAGUAUUACCACACUAGUAUUAACUCUGAUUAAAGAUAUGUUAAAGUU